AUCUAAUGUGAUCUACUAAACUUAGGGCUUGAAGCCCUUAAAAAGUCUGCGUACAAUUUCCUCCUUGUCUUCUGCCGCUGGUCUUCUGCAGUUCACGAUCAGGCAUACAAUCGUUUCCUAGUUUAUAACAGCGACGACUUAUUUUUAAGACUAAGUUUCUCUACCAAAGGUUUUGUCAACAUAUUUCGUCAUUAUGAAUGCUACUACGGUUGGAGCGAAUCUGGAAGCUUCUAAUUACGCUGUUAGACCCUCUUGUCAGAAACCUAAUAGUUCUUCCGUUAGUGGAAGCACACACAAGUUUUGCUGCUUGUCUAGGAGACGCACAACAUUAUCACUCACUUCAAGGAAAUCAGAGACCAAACUUUAUUCGAAAAGUAAAGUUGUAUGUAUGUCUAGCAGCAGUCAAGGUGCAGGCCUUACAUAUAAAGAUGCCGGUGUUGAUAUCGACGCUGGAUCAGAGCUUGUAAGAAGAAUUGCGAAAAUGGCACCUGGAAUUGGAGGUUUUGGUGGAUUAUUUCCACUUGGGGAUUCAUAUCUUGUAGCUGGUACAGAUGGCGUGGGAACUAAACUUAAGCUAGCAUUUGAGACGGGAAUCCAUGAUACCAUCGGUAUUGAUUUGGUUGCAAUGAGUGUUAAUGACAUCAUAACUUCCGGAGCCAAACCUUUAUUCUUUCUUGAUUACUACGCUACAAGCCGCCUGGAUGUUGAUCUUGCUGAAAAGGUUAUAAAAGGAAUCGUUGAUGGUUGUCAACAAUCUGAUUGUGCUCUUUUGGGCGGAGAGACCGCAGAGAUGCCAGAUUUUUAUGCUGAUGGUGAAUAUGAUCUUAGUGGUUUUGCGGUUGGAAUUGUGAAAAAAGAAUCAGUUAUAAAUGGGAAAAACAUUUCGGUUGGAGAUGUUCUUAUUGGCCUUCCAUCCAGUGGAGUUCACUCAAACGGUUUUUCGCUUGUUCGAAGGGUGUUAGCUAAAAGUGGACUCUCAUUGAAGGACAAACUCCCUGGUGAAUCCAUUACAUUAGGUGAAGCUCUAAUGGCGCCAACCGUAAUAUAUGUUAAACAGGUGCUCGAUAUUAUCGGCAAGGGAGGCAUUAAAGGAAUAGCCCACAUAACAGGCGGCGGUUUUACAGAUAAUAUCCCUCGUGUCUUCCCUGAUGGUCUCGGGGCUCGUAUUUAUAAUAACUCUUGGCCCGUUCCUCCUGUUUUCAAGUGGAUCCAAAAGGCCGGAAGUAUUGAAGAUGGUGAAAUGAAGCGGACAUUUAAUAUGGGAAUCGGGAUGGUUCUUGUUGCUAGCAAAGAGGCUGCUGAACGGAUACUUAGUGAAGGCGAAACAGCAUAUCGUAUUGGUGAGGUCAUAAGCGGUGAUGGUGUAAGUUAUCAAUAAUCGGCAUUUUAACGACUUGAUUAUCAUGACCCCCCUCCACCGCGGUACGAGGUUCACUAACAUAAAGUUUAUGGUGCUUGUUUAGAGCAUCUUACGUUGUAAUUUUGGGAACUGUUUUUUUUUCCUUGGGAAAAUUUUGUGACUCUAAAAGAGUUGUACUCUGUGUGUGUGUAUUUAGCUGUUAAACCGAACGGAUUGCUGAAGUGAACCGGUUCUAAUAAGUUUUGGAUUGAAAACCAAACUGAAUAUUAUGGUUGGUUCUUGCCCGGUUCAUCAUAAGAGACUAAACCGCUUUCCAAUUUCUUUGAA